GUUGUUCGUCAGUCUGUGAAACCUGUGAUGAGAGUUUUAAUAAUGGCGUGGCCGUGGCGGGGGGCCGCCGCUCACUGCCCAAGUCCAGCACCGGAAAACCACCUGUAAAAACACCCGUUUCGGAGCUUACCGGUGGUUUGAAAAAGUCAUUUAACCGCGUGCAACGAUGCCGGACGGAGUAAAUCUCAGCUGAGAGCCGCAAAACUGUGUGAAACUACUGGAAGAAGCGCUUUGCCAUGUCGCUACUGUGUGUCAGAGUGAAAAAAGCCAAGCUCCAAGGACCACCAGACAAGUUCAACACCUACGUGACGCUGAAGGUGCAGAAUGUCAAAAGCACAACCAUCACAGUGCGGGGCGACAAGCCCUGCUGGGAACAGGAUUUCAUGUUCGAGAUCAACCAGCUGGACCUCGGCCUCAUCGUCGAGGUGUGGAACAAAGGCCUCAUCUGGGACACCAUGGUGGGGACGGCUUGGAUGCCUCUGAAGGGCAUCCAGCAAUCAGAGGAGGAGGGCUCGGGUGACUGGAUCCUUCUGGACGCGGAGGUCCUGAUGAAGGCGGACGAGAUAUACGGCACCAAGAACCCGACGCCCCACCGCAUCCUGCUGGACACGCGCUUCGAGCUGCCUUUUGACAUCCCAGAUGACGAGGCACAGUACUGGACGGGAAAGCUGGAACGCAUCAAUACCAUGGGAAUCCACGAUGAGUACUCUCUUCAGGAGGACGUUCAGAGUCGCCCGCUGCCAUUUGCGGCCUCCCAGUGCUGCAACUAUUUCGGAUGGGCUGACACACUGACUCUGGAUGACCAGGACAGCGCCGUGGACGACCGGGACAGCGACUACCGCAGCGAGACGAGUAACAGUCUGCCUCCGCGUUACCACACUACGGCUCAGCCCAACUCCUCCAUGCACCAGUAUCCCAUGGGGCCUCGGCAGCAGCAGCAGCAGCAGCAGCACCACCACCCGGACUCCUGCACAGGCUCGGUCCACAGUCUAGACCUGGACUACAGGGACCAGAGGGGAACCAGUCCAGUGGAAAGUAGUCGCUUUGGGUCAUCAGGAAACCUGAGCCAGACCAGCUCCCAGCUUAGUGAGACUGGCCAGGAGAGCACUGGAGGGUCCGAACUGGAGGAGUCCUUCCACGCCUACCACAGUACCAGCUUUCAUCCCUCCACCAAUGGGCAACCACGAACCAAUGGACAUCCUCCCACCAAAGGACACUCGACUGUCGGUGAGCAGCAGAAACAUGGGCUGUCCCCUGAAGUAGGAGGGGGCGUGAGAAAGGACACUCCAUUAGAGCGAGGUUCCUCUAAACUCCUAAGGUUCCAUGAUGAUGGGCCGCCUUUACCAUUUUCCCCAUCCAGAGUUUGUUGGUUGAAGGCCAUCAAUAAAGUCAGGGUUCAGCUCCGGGAGGUCCGAGAUGAAGAACCCAAUGCCAGACAAGCCUGGGUCAAACCAGGUGGCGGAUCUGGUCUGUAUGGGAUUGACAGCAUGCCAGACCUGCAUAAAAAGAAGCCCAUCCCCUUCGUCAGCGACGUGGCUAUGUCUCUCGUCCAAGCCAGGAAGGCGGGGAUCGCAUCUGCCAUGGCCGCACGGUCCUCAAUCAAGGAUGAGGAGCUGAAAAACCAUGUCUACAAGAAGACCCUGCAGGCUCUCAUCUACCCCAUAUCCUGCACUACGCCACAUAACUUUGAGGUGUGGACCGCCACGACGCCCACAUACUGCUACGAGUGCGAGGGGCUGCUGUGGGGAAUAGCCCGCCAAGGCAUGCGUUGCUCCGAGUGCGGGGUCAAGUGCCACGAGAAGUGCCAAGAGCUGCUGAACGCUGACUGCCUACAGCGUGCUGCGGAGAAGAGCUCUAAGCAUGGAGCUGAAGACCGAACUCAGAAUAUCAUCAUGGCCAUGAAGGACAGGAUGAAGAUCAGGGAAAGGAACAAGCCAGAGAUCUUUGAACUCAUUAGGGAGGUGUUCAUCAUCAGCAAAGCCAUCCACGCACAGCAGAUGAAGACCAUCAAGCAGAGCGUUCUAGACGGCACUUCAAAGUGGUCAGCCAAGAUCACCAUCACAGUUGUUUGCGCCCAAGGACUUCAGGCAAAGGACAAGACAGGAUCCAGCGAUCCAUACGUCACCGUUCAGGUGGGCAAGACCAAGAAGAGAACCAAGACCAUUUAUGGCAACCUCAAUCCUGUCUGGGAGGAGAAGUUCCACUUCGAGUGCCACAAUUCCUCGGACCGAAUUAAAGUGCGUGUGUGGGACGAGGACGAUGACAUCAAGUCGAGGGUGAAGCAGCGUCUGAAGAGGGAGUCGGAUGAUUUCCUGGGCCAGAGCAUUAUCGAAGUGCGAACGCUGAGCGGAGAAAUGGACGUCUGGUACAACUUGGAGAAGAGGACGGACAAGUCGGCCGUGUCGGGGGCCAUUCGCCUCCAGAUCAACGUGGAGAUCAAGGGCGAGGAGAAAGUGGCUCCGUAUCACGUGCAGUACACCUGCUUGCACGAGAACCUGUUCCACCACUCGACCGACAUGCUCGGCCAAGGCGCGGUGAGAAUCCCGGAGGCCCGCGGGGACGAUGCCUGGAAGGUGUACUACGACGACGUGGCCCAGGAAAUAGUGGAUGAGUUCGCCAUGCGCUACGGGAUCGAGUCGAUCUACCAGGCCAUGACGCACUUUGCCUGUCUGUCGUCUAAGUACAUGUGUCCCGGGGUUCCCGCCGUGAUGAGCACCCUGCUGGCCAACAUCAACGCCUUCUACGCCCACACGACCGCCUCCACCAAUGUGUCCGCCUCAGACCGCUUUGCUGCUUCCAAUUUUGGGAAAGAACGCUUUGUCAAGCUUUUAGACCAGCUACACAACUCCCUGCGCAUCGACCUCUCAACCUACAGGAACCACUUUCCUGCCAGCAACAAGGAUCGCCUGCAGGAUUUGAAAUCCACCGUGGACCUUCUAACCAGCAUCACCUUCUUCAGGAUGAAGGUCCAGGAGCUGCAGUCUCCGCCGAGAGCCAGCCAGGUGGUGAGGGACUGCGUCAAGGCCUGCCUCAACUCUACGUACGACUACAUCUUCAACAACUGCCACGAGCUGUACAGCAGACAGUACCAACCCGUCGACGCGAACAAGGAGGACCUCCCUUUGGAGGAGCAGGGUCCGAGCAUCAAGAACUUGGACUUCUGGCCCAAACUCAUCAUGCUCAUCGUCUCCAUCAUCGAAGAGGACAGGAACUCCUACACGCCUGUGCUCAACCAGUUCCCCCAAGAGCUGAACGUAGGGAAGGUGUCAGCGGAGGUCAUGUGGACAUUGUUUGCUCAAGACAUGAAGUAUGCUAUGGAAGAGCACGAGAAGCAAAGACUGUGUAAGAGCACCGACUACAUGAACCUGCACUUCAAAGUCAAGUGGCUCAACAAUGAAUAUGUCAAGGAGCUGCCAAACUUCAAGGCCGUCAUUCCCGACUACCCAUCAUGGUUCUUACAGUUUGUGCUACAGUGGUUGGAGGAGAAUGAAGAUGUAUCCAUGGAGUUUAUGCAUGGAGCCCUCGAGAGAGACAAAAAAGAUGGAUUCCAGCAGACGUCUGAGCAUGCUCUGUUCUCCUGCUCUGUGGUGGACAUCUUCACCCAGCUCAACCAGAGCUUUGAGAUCAUCAAGAAACUGGAAUGUCCCGACCCUAACGUCAUGGCUCAGUACAGUCGCCGCUUCUCCAAGACUAUUGCCAAAGUUCUUCUGCAGUACAGUGCCAUACUGACCAAGAGUUUUCCUACUUAUAUCGACAAGGAGAAGAUUCCAUGUGUCCUGUUGAACAAUGUGCAGCAGUUAAGAAUCCAGCUGGAGAAGAUGUUUGAGUCAAUGGGUGCCAAACAGAUGGACCCCGAGGCCAGUGACUUACUGAACGACCUGCAGGUGAAGCUCAACAAUGUGCUGGAUGAGCUCAGCAGCACGUUCGGGAACAGUUUCCAGAUCCGCAUCAACGACUGCAUGCGACAGAUGGCGUCGCUGCUUUACCAGAUCAAAGGGCCGCUCAACGCCAACAACAAGAACCAGGUGGAUGCCGACUCUGACAACAUGCUGCGGCCCCUCAUGGAUUUCCUGGAUGGAAAGCUCACACUGUUUGCCACCGCGUGCGAGAAGACCGUGUUGAAGCGUGUGCUCAAGGAGCUGUGGAGGAUCGUAAUGAGCAGCCUGGAGAAGACCAUCGUCCUGCCACAGGGCAACGAUACUUUUGGAGCACAGAUUCUCUCGGCUGCGAAAGAACUGGGCCAGCUCUCCAAACUCAAGGAUCACAUGGCAGGGGAGCCUAAAAGCCUGUCUCCCAGGCAGUGUGCUGUCAUGGACGUGGCACUGGACACCAUCAAGCAAUACUUCCAUGCAGGAGGCAGCGGGCUGAAGAAGGCAUUCCUGGAGAAGAGCCCCGAGCUGUCCUCGCUACGCCACGCCCUGUCCCUCUACACCCAGACCACGGACACACUCAUCCAGACCUUUGUGACCACCCAGCAUGCACAAGUGCACAACGGGAAGGGAAUAAGGUUAACCCCCAGUGAAAAAGUACAGCCCAGCAAGGGUUCAGGCGUGGACAAGCCGAUAGGAGAGGUGUCCGUCCAGAUCGAGCUGCACACUCAUCCUGGGAACGGGGAGCGGAAAGUGAGCGUCAAAGUCAUGGGAGCCAACGAUUUAAAGUGGCAGACGUCCGGCAUGUUCCGGCCCUUCGCGGAGGUCGCCAUGAUCGGGCCUCACCUCAGCGACAAGAAACGCAAAUUCCAGACCAAGUCCAAGAACAACAGCUGGUCUCCCAAGUACAACGAGACCUUCCACUUCGCCCUGGGUAACCAGGACGGCUUCGAGUGCUACGAGCUGCAGGUCUGCGUCAAGGACUACUGCUUUGGCCGCGCGGACCGAGUGGUCGGCUUGGCCGUGGUGCAGCUGAGGGACAUCGGGGGAAGGGGCAACUGCGCGUGCUGGUGCCCGCUGGGGCAGCGCAUCCACAUGGACGACACGGGCCUCACGGCCAUGCGCAUCCUCUCGCAGCGCUCCAACGACGACGUGGCCAAGGAGUUCGUGAGGCUGAAAUCGGAGACUCGCUCGGCCGAGGAGGGCAGAUGAGGGGGAGCUGGAAGUGGGGGGGGAGGUAAAGACAGGGACGGGAGGUCUCCUAGUUUCACGAUAAGAGAGGAGGGCCUCAUGCGACGGCCUUUUUUGUCGCGUAGAUUGGCCACGUCGACUCUUCACUUACACCUUUGGUGUGUCUGCUGCUGACUGUUUUGGCGGCGCAGACGCACUUGUCACUUUCACACUCUGGGUAUUUUUGGACAAACUCUCACUCCUCGUGAUCCUCAAAACACUCACGUUAUUCACCGAGCUACUCACCAGGCAGUGACCGCUUACUCUUGUCAACCUCUAACCUCUAAAGUCUCACUCUCUAACCUCUUUGGCCCUCCACCCCCCAUCCGCUGGAGCGGUGCAGCACGAGCACCCGAGCUGCCCGUAAAUGCAGGACGACAGGCCAAACAAAGUUCCCACGCCUCUGAAGUGUUGUUGUGCAAUAACCAACCCCUACCUGAACCCCCUCAAACCCUGGCCGUGGGUUUUUAUGCCUUACACUCUGCAAACUGUGAAUGUGUGAAGUAAAAACAAAAGUGAACGCCCUGUUCUGUAAUUUCCACUGCGACGCCGUGUGGUUUGAUCUCAUGAAAGGGUUCUUUAGGUUGAUGAAUGAAUGCGGCUGGUGGAAAGGAGACAGUCUGUCGAUUAUUGAAUAGAAGUUGAUGUAAUGUCGUACUGUUUUCACGAGUCAUGUCUCAAGAGAAGGUACUUAAACUUAUAACUCCUUAGUCGAACCCCUUAGUUUAAAUGAUUCAGUUAAAUAUGUGCCUUGUCAUGUUCCCACAGUGAUAUGAUCAGUAUGUAAUCUAUUCUGCAGCGAUAUCGAUGACGAUAUGAUUUCAUGCGAAACCUCGUGAAAACGACACCCCCAGUGUUGACCCAUGAUGUGAGAGGUGAACCCUGUUUCGGCCAUAUGUUCGUCCAAACUAUGAGCUCCGUUAGCAGCUCCAGUGUGACCAAGAUGGCGUGCGGCCGGUUUAUCUAUUUAUUUUUAUACGUAUUUAUUUUUCGUCUGUGCUUUUUCGAAGACGGCGGUUCAAAAAUGUCGUUUACUGCCGGGCGGUGAGUCUGACUCGAGCUGCUGCCGUUACUGCAGUCAGAGGCACAUUAAAAAGUGUCCAGUCAGCGUCUGUUGGCGGCGACUCGUGACGUUGACCGACGAUAGCGAUGGCUGUAUUUUACAAUAGUUCAUUUAUAGUGAAGAAAUAUAUGUUAAACUUUCAGGUAACAACGUUUUCUUCCAAAAAAGAAAGGAUAUCUGAACAUUGAGUGUAGAUUUACUUCUGGUUUACAUCACUGCUCUGUCUAUGAGUGGCCUUACUUAUGGGGGAAAAACUAAUGUUUCUCUUUUUUAAUUACAUUUUUUUAUUUCCUUGUAUCUCUGCAAUGAGGACAGUUUUUUUUGUUUUUUUUGCCCAUAAUGAUGUCAAAUACGUUUUCCAAGUGAUGUUCCUUAUCAUUUUUUCUACUUUUUAUCUUUGACAAUAUUGCAAAAGCGUCGUAACUGUUACUAGGCGGGUUUCUUUGCAGCCAUGUUGUUUAUUUAGUGUCUGAUUGUAAACGCUUCCUGUGAACCCUCUGUCCUGAUAUACAGUGAGACGUGUGCCAGUGAAGUUGCUCCUAACUGAUGGAAAAAUAUUAAAGUGUUACUUUUAAUGAAGGAUGGAUAUUGCGGUAAUAUGAGUGCGUGCGUGUGUGUGUGUGUGUGUGUGUGUGCAUUUUAAACCGCCUGUAGAACCUCUCCUCUUUGUUACAGGAACUGAUCCAUUGUGAAUACCGACGUCUCAUAGCCAUUCUUUGAUAAACACGUUCCUUGUGCCAAGCUACAAAUGUUCACUUUUUAUUGUGUUCUUUAAUUCUAUAUUUUCUAAAUUUGUUAACCCUUGCACUGCCACUAAAUCACUGCAAUAGUUAACAAGAACAGUAUAUCGGUCAUUGUAACUGCAUCCGUGUGGUGUUUUCUUUGUAAAUGUUGACGUCACCAUGUUGAGCGUUGUCGUAAAUGAAUUUUGUAUAAAGUAUUUGAGAAGUAUCUCUAAAUGUU